UAUAUAUACACAUAUAUAUAUAUAUCUAACAUACGUAUGUGUGAGUAUCUGUGUGUGUGUGUGUGUAGGUGCGUGAUUAAACCACAGUGAACAUGGCGCUACAAACAAGUGUUUCUGUGGUAAAUGAAGACGACUGAACGAUAGAAGAAAGAGAAAGAAAGAGAAAUCACAUAUACAUUAUAUAUAUAUAUAUUAUAUAUAUAUAUAAUAUAUAUAUAUAUAUAUAUAUAUAUAUAUAUAUAUAUAUAUAUAUAUACAUAUAUAUUUACAUAUAUGUAUAAAGCGAGAGAGAGUGAAAGGGAGAGAGAAAGAAGUUUAUUUUGUCACCGGGGGAAGCAGUUGUUACAUUAAUUGAAGGAAUUUUAUUUGCUGCAAGAUAAUCACUAAAUUGCUUAUAUGGCAGAAUCAAAAUUUGAGUCCAAAAUGCUUGGAUUUCAGAUGAGAGAGAUGUCGGGUCAACGUUAUAAACGGACGAACUUUGAAGAUGACGAUGUGUCCAAUGGUGGGACACCAACUAUAGAUUUCAACCCAAGUGUUGUCCUCUUCAAGGGUGGUCUCACCACAUGGCAACGUAAGACGGUGUUGGAGCGAGUUCUGAUCACCCUGUCCAUCAUACUCAGUGCUGUGGUCAUCAUAUUGGCCAUCAUGCUAACAGUGAAACAGUCCAAGAUUAACCAAAUCGAAGGAGAACAAAAGUACUGCCUGACACCAGCCUGUGUAACUGUAGCCAGCACUGUGUUAAAUUCCAUGGAUAAAACUGUGGAUCCCUGUAAGGAUUUUUUCCAGUAUGCUUGUGGUGGAUGGAUUAAGAACCAUCCAAUCCCAUCUGGUUACUCCACAUGGGGUACAUUUGGAGUGCUUCGCAAACAGAACCAAAUUAUUAUGAAACAUGUGAUAGAGGAAAAAUACAAGAACCUCAACAGCACUGCCAAAAUGAAAGCCCAGCUGUAUUACCAAUCUUGCAUGGAUGCCAACAAAACAAAAGAAAAAUUAGGCCGGAAACCACUUGUGAAGUUCAUGAAAGAUGUUGGCAGUUGGAAUAUUUCAAAUUUAUUUGGGGUUUGGGAUGUAAAAAAAUGGGACUUUGAGUCUUUACUUACCAAGGUCCAUAAUAUUGAAAGUGGAGCCCUUUUUUAUAUGUGGAUUUUGGCAGACAACAGAAAUUCUUCACGAAACAUUAUCAAGAUUGACCAAGGUGGACUUGACCUGUCCAGUCCCCAGUAUUACUUAAACAAAACAAUAACUGAAGACAAGAUAUUAUCUGCAGCACUUGAAUACAUGACCACCAUUGGAGUAUUGCUUGGUGGAGAAAAGAAUGACACUUACAAUCAGAUGUUGGAGAUCCUGGAGUUUGAAACUGAAAUUGCUAAUAUAACGACACCUGCAGAAGAACGUCAAGAUGAGGAAAAACAGUACCACAAGAUGACAGUAAAGGAGCUUCAAACUUUGGCACCCUUUAUCAAUUGGCAGAAGUACCUAAAUGAGCGUUUCUCUGUGGUCAACAUCGACAUUGACAGUUCGGAAGAGGUGGUUGUCUUUGCUCCGGAGUUCCUCAGUAAGCUGCAUCAUCUGCUUGAAAACAUGCUAAAUGAUACUAACAGUAAAAGAAUCCUGAAUAAUUACUUAAUAUGGCGGGUUGUACGCACGUUAACAAAUUAUCUUUCUACACCAUUCCGUGAUGCCAGGGAUAUUCUCACUAAAAGUGUGUCAGGUACAAAAGGAAAUAUUGAUAUGUGGCAGUAUUGUGUUAUGGAUACUGAUUCAGUACUAGGUUAUGCCUUAGGUGCAAUGUUUGUACAAGAGACUUUCAAAGGAGACAGUAAAGAAAAGGCUGAAUCAAUGGUGGAUGACAUUAAAAAAGCUUUUGAACAGAAUCUUCCAUAUUUGUCAUGGAUGGAUGAAGAGACAAGGAAAGCAGCAAUUGAUAAGGCUAAUGCUAUCGUUGAUCAGAUUGGUUUUCCUCCAAACAUCUUAAAUGACACCAAACUGGACAAGAUUUAUGAAAGGCUGGAAAUUAAUGCAUCAGAAUAUUUCUGGAACAACGUACGAGACAACAAAUUUACCUUGAUAACUAUGAUGGAAAAGUUAAGGCAACCACCCAAGAAUACCUGGGCAAUGACACCACCAACUGUUAAUGCCUAUUACACUACAUCAAAGAAUGAAAUCUUCUUUCCUGCAGGAAUUCUACGAGCUCCAUUUUAUGAUAAAAGCUUCCCCAAGUCUUUGAACUUUGGUGCCAUGGGUGUGGUGAUUGGACAUGAGCUGACUCAUGGCUUUGAUGACCAAGGUCGUGAGUACGAUAAAUAUGGUAACCUCCGUCCCUGGUGGAAUAAUGCUUCCAUUGCCAGGUUCCAGAAACAAACAGAAUGUAUGGUGAAACAAUAUAGUUCCUAUAAGAUCAAUGGAGAACCAAUCAAUGGUAAAACAACUUUAGGUGAAAAUAUCGCCGACAAUGGUGGAUUGAAAUCUGCAUAUCAUGCGUACGAAGACUGGGUGAAGACACACAAGACUGAGUUACCUCUACCAGCACUUGGACUCACUCAUAAGCAGCUAUUUUUCUUGGGGUUUGCUCAGGUUUGGUGUUCCAGCACUACGAAGGAGACCUUGCAUAUGCGUCUUCUGAAUGACCCUCAUAGUCCAGAUGAAUAUCGAGUGAUUGCUACUCUAUCUAACUCGAAGGAUUUUGCUGAACAAUACAAGUGUCCUCUUGAUAGUCGGAUGAAUCCAAAAGAGAAAUGUGAAGUUUGGUGAGACAAAGAUAAAUCAAACCUGCAAGAAAAUCUGCUGCUGUAAUUGCUAGGAUAUAAUCCCCUCAUCUCUUGCAUCAUCAGAUCCCCAUUUUUUUUACUCCACUCAGUAAUGAAGACUUCACACUAAGUACCUCCUGUUGCUACAGUAGAAUCCUGCUCUAACCACUCUACCUAAACAAAAGUCAAUGUCCAAUUUAGACCAUACUUACAAUAUUUCUUCCUUAAGCAGCACAUAUUUGGUGACCCCUUUGGUUUAUUUUUGUUUGUUAACCGAUAUCAUUUUUACAACACAAAGUUAAACUAUUUGCUGUUAAAAAAAAA